AUGCCGAUCGGCUUGUUAGUGAUCGCGGGUAUCCCGACGACUAUUGGGGUAUGCGAGGCCCUGAGUGCGCAGAAGAAGGCCAACGCUUCCGCAAAAGAGAAGGCCAAGUUUCACCUAACGGCAACCGUUUCGUUGGAUGGUCGAGGGUCGGUUGAAUGCUGGUGCAUAUUGAAAGACGGGAAGUUAUGGAUUGACCACCCAUCGUUCCCCAUGCCCGGUCACAAGUUUACGGGGUACUAUUUCCCUUACCCAUCCGAGGAGAAGCCCUUGGGUCUAGUGAGCACCAUUGCCGACGACCCGCCAAUGCUGAACUGGCUGUUCGUGGACAAAGACACCAACAUGGUGCGCCAUGGAGGGCGGCAAGACACAUUGGGCGGGCACACGGUAGGUUCAUGGUACUGGACAGACGACGAGCAGUGGUUGACGCUAGAGGGCGAGUCGUGGCGAUUUGUGGCCGUUCAAGUGGAAGGGAAGAAAUGGGCGGUCGGGCUAGACCGCGAUGGGUGCUUCAGCAAGGGCCGGGGCGGGAAAAAAGAAGGAGGGGGGAAGAAGGGAGCAAGUGAAACGGAGGGGGAGACCGGAACAGAGUCGGCAACGGAAACGGAAUCGGAGGGCGCGACUGGCUCACAUCGACGACCCCAAAAGUGGGUUCCCAUCAUGCUGCACCGUAAGAUGCAGCUGGGGAUGGAAAGUCGAUACGUCAAAGGUGCGAAUGGAUAG